AUGUUCAAGCUACUUUCAGCAACUCUCCCGGUUGCUUUUGCGACCCUUGCCGCGGCCAAGUCGUGUCAGAAUCUCACAGUCGAAGUUACAAUCUCAUCACGGAACGGCGUCUUCAAUGUCUCAACACCGAAGACAAACAUUGAUGUCACAAAUAUCAUGCUGGGCUUGGCACAGCAGGGCAACAACUUCUCCGCAACCCAUCUCACAGAUUACGCCACAGUCGGAGGAACAUACCACCUCGCCUCAACCUACUGCCAACCAGACUCCGGCCCAGGCUCCGUCCUCCAGAUCCUCACCCAUGGCAUCGGCUUCGACAGGAGCUACUGGGACUUCCCCGCCAACAACUACAACUACAGCUAUGUCGGCCCCGCCGUCGACGACUACGGCUACUCCACCUUCGCCUGGGACCGCCUCGGCAUCGCCCAGUCCUCCCGCGGCGAACCCAUCAACGAGAUCCAGGGCUUCCUCGAGCUCGCCGCCCUCAAAGCCUUGACGGACAAGCUUCGCGCGGGCGCCGUCCCGGGCGUCCCCUGCACGUUUGACAAGUACGUCCACGUCGGCCACUCGUUCGGUUCCGUCCACUCGUACGCGCUGUCUGCCAUGUACCCGAACGCCUCGGACGGUCUGGUAUUGACAGGGUUCUCCGCCAACGCUACCUUCCUCCCGGAUUUCUUGCUGGGCGGUGCCUUCAUCCAGGCGAACCAGAUCCCCGCGCUGAGCGACUACGUUGACGGGUACUUUGCGCCUGCGUACGAGGGCGGUGCGCACAUCAACUUUUUCGCGCCGGAUAACUUUGACCCUGCCAUCCUGACGGCGGCGUAUAAGACGGGCAAGCCGGUGACUGUGGGCGAGCUGCUCACGAUUGGCGGCGAGGCUGGCACGACGAGCGGAUUCAAGAAGCCUGUUCUUGUCAUCACGGGUGAACGCGACGUUCCCUUCUGCGGUGGUGAUUGCCUUGCAACCGGCAACCCUGAGCUACCCUCGAUUCCGGCUGGCGUUGCGCCGCUGAUCAAGAACGCGAGCUCUUUUGAGGCUUACGUUGUUCCCGACGCUGGCCACGGCUUGGCAUUCAGCUACUCUCACGUCGAAGUCACUAGCAAAAUCCAGGACUUCCUUGCGCAGAACGGGCUUGCCAACUAA